AUGAGCGCCAUGCUCCGCCGCCUGGCCGUCCUGAUAUCACUCACGGUAAGCGCCAUCGCACCGGUCGACGCGGCGAACAGGAACAGCGGCCGCUUCAUCGUCGAGUACGCCAAGCACGUGCGGCGCAGUCAGGCCCAGGCGUUCGCCUCCAAAGUCCCGGUUGUCACGUCGUGGGAGAACGAGGUCUUCAGGGGCGCUGCCGUCAAUUCCGAGAGUCACACCCUCGAGUCGCUCCUGGACAUGCCCGAGGUUGCUCGCGUGUGGUACAACCGCGAGAUCCCUCUCGACAAUGCAGGCCUGACUAACACUUUUACCGAUGAUGCUGAGUACCUCAGAUACUCUACCCACCGCGCCACGGGCGUCGAUGCCUUGCACGAGGAGGGUAUUACGGGGCAGGGCGUCAAGAUCGGAAUUGUCGACUCGGGCAUCGAUUAUACACAUGAUGCACUCGGCGGCGGAAUUGGAACUGGGUUCAAGGUGGCCGGAGGUUACGACUUUGUGGGAACCGGCGACUGGCCAAACGGUCCCAAGCAGCCAAGCAACGACCCCCGGGAUAAACUUGGUCAUGGCACGCACGUCGCCGGCAUCGUCGGCGGAAACUCGACCUUGUUUAGGGGCGUGGCUCCCGAUGCAACCAUCUAUGCCUACAAGGUGCUUGCGAACCCGGGCACCACCGACGACGCCACCAUCAUCGACGCUUUUCUGCGGGCCUACGACGACGGCAUGGACAUCAUCACCGCCAGCCUGGGCGGUACCGGCGGGUGGGCCGAUAGCCCGUGGGCCAUUGUCGCCUCUCGUCUUGUUGAUCUCGACGUCGUAGUGACCAUCGCUCAGGGCAACAAGGGCGCCGCCGGACCGUUUCAUGGCGGCACCGGCUCCGAGGGUAAAAACGUUCUCGCCGUAGGCUCCGUGAAAGCCCAGUCGGGGGCCAUGGCGCGCUUCAAAGCCACAUUUUGGCAGCCCGAUGGUUCUAAAAAUACUGUGGGAAUCGGCUACAUGCCCGGCAACGGCUACUGGGGAGAGCCCAAUGGCUGGCGCAUCGUGCCCAUGAUGCUGGAUAUCAAUGCCACCGAUGAUGCCUGCGCGCCCUACCCUUCGGGAUACGCCAAUCUUACCGGUCUCAUCCCCUUGGUCCGCCGUGGCACCUGCUCGUCCGACAUCAAGAAGAGCAACCUGCUCGCGCUUGGUGCCGAGUUCGUCCUGAUGUAUAACGACGGAAGGGAAAUGACGCAACCCUACACCACCGACUUCAGCAACUACAUUGCCAUCAUAGACAAGGAUUCUGGCGAGGCUAUCGUCCAAACCAUAGCUGCAGGCGGAGAAGUCACGGCCGACUUCUCUGGCGGCUUUGUUCCUUACGUCAGCUCACCACUCACCGAGACCAAUUACCCGAGCGAUUUCACCUCGUGGGGCGGCAGCAACGACCUCGGCUUCAAGCCCGAGAUCUCAGCGCCCGGCGGUGACAUUUUCAGCACCUGGCCCGACAACCUCUACGGCACUUCGAGCGGCACCAGCAUGGCAACGCCCUAUAUCGCCGGUGUCGCGGCGCUUUACAUCGGCAAGCACGGUGGCAGGGAUAAGCACGGGUCCGGGUUCGCCAGGAUGCUCACGCGGCGCAUCAUCUCCAGCGGUGAAGGGGUCCCCUGGUACGACGGCAAGGCCGAUGACAUGUACGCGCCGACGGCGCAGGUCGGUGCCGGACUAAUCAACGCAGUCAAGGUGGUGAGCUCGACGACGACGCUCGACUUUGACCCCAUCGCGCUCAACGACACUGCCAACUUUGUCGCCACGCACCACAUCAAAGUGCGCAACGACGCCGACAAGCCCGUCACCUACAACUUCUCCCUCGUCGCCCACGCCGGCGUCAACAUAUACCAGGAGCUCGACUCGACCGAAUACUCUCCCCGGAUCAAGGCCCUCGAGGAGCUGUCGCCCGUCAAGAUGGCCGCCACGGCGUCCCUCCCGGACCCGCUGACCCUGCAGCCAGGCGAGUCCAGGGAGGUCAACGUCACGUUCGACAAGCCCUCGUUCGGCCACCCGCGCAACCUCCCCCUCUACGGCGGCAAGAUCCUCAUCAACCGCAACGACAGCGACGAGGUGCUCGGCGUGCCGUACAUGGGGCUCGCGGCGGACCUCAAGGCCGAGAUGGACGACAUGUUCAUGCAGAACACGGCCAAGGCGACGCACUACUGGUCGUUCCAGACGCUGGACCAGAAGCCCGGGGUCACCUUCAGCCUGUGGCAUGACGUCGACUUUCUGCUGCUGGAGCCGCAGCUCAAGUGGGGCACGCGGGAGCUUCGCUUCGACAUCUUCACCGCCGACUACAACGAGACCCGCUGGACGUGGCCGCCGGUCGAGGGCGUCAACGGGUACCUGGGCUCGGCGGCGUACUACCGCUUGUCAAGCAGCACCUGGAACCCCUACAGCAACGCGGAUCCGAACGACGCGGUCGCGUUCCCGGCGCGCAACCUGUACCGCAACGCCGUCACUACCGACUACAAGUACAGCUACAUGUGGCAGGGUCUGCUGGCCAAUGGGUCGCAGAUCGAGCUGGGCAGUUACAACCUGCGUUUUGCGGCGCUGCGGCCGUUUGGCGACCGGAACAAGUCAGACGACUGGUCCGGCUUUGCGAGCCCGUUUCGGGUGCUAGGCAAGUUUGAAACCAAGAACAACAAGUGA